AUGUUUGGUUGGCUUCUGCUCGCUGUCACGGUCGGUCAUGCGCAACACAUCGGCCGCCAGCAUGAGUCGGUAAGGGUGCAGGGCACGGUGCUCUGCAACGGAACCGGCUAUCCUGAUGCGAAGGUGAUAUUCUUCAAUCACAAAGUGGUGCCAAUAAAACUUGCCGAAGCGAGACCGAUCAUUAGUGGUGCGUUCUCUAUUGCCUGGUCAGGCAAUGAGUUGAUACCUCCAGUUGCUCCUUUUAUCAAUAUAUACCACAGAUGCCUAUUCGAAGAUCAGCCUCUCAAAGUAUGCUCCAGAGUGCUUGGCAUCGAAAUCCCAAGAAACUAUGUCAUAAGCAAUAGCAGUCGUGUGAAUGCGACGUAUGAUAUUGGCAUAAUGAACCUCAAUCUCAAGUUCACGCAUGAGAUCAUUGACUGCUUUUUUGGAACAUAUUCCUGA